GCCGCGGCUUCUUAGGCGAUUCUCUCGGGCAGACUUGUCCAGUCCAUCGAGGAGCCAGUGCCCGGAGGGUCUCUAGUUUUCCUAAUCUACCAUGAAGAUGACAACUCUUCCCUAUGACCGUCUUUGGGCCUGUGCUCUCCUCAUGAGCACACUAACCGGAAGAAGCUAUGGACAGACUUCCUUACAAGAUGAAAUUAAGGACAACACAACGAUAUUCACUCGAAUUCUGGACAGACUACUUGAUGGUUAUGAUAAUCGCCUGAGACCAGGAUUAGGAGAGCGUGUAACUGCGGUGAAGACUGACAUCUUUGUCACCAGCUUUGGGCCUGUUUCAGACCAUGAUAUGGAAUAUACAAUAGAUGUAUUUUUCCGGCAAAGCUGGAGGGAUGAAAGGCUGAAGUUCAAAGGACCCAUGACAGUCCUCCGGCUGAAUAAUUUAAUGGCCAGCAAAAUAUGGACACCAGAUACAUUUUUUCACAAUGGAAAGAAAUCAGUAGCUCACAACAUGACCAUGCCAAAUAAACUCUUGCGGAUUACAGAAGAUGGGACAUUGCUUUACACAAUGAGACUCACAGUGAGAGCAGAAUGUCCGAUGCACUUAGAAGACUUUCCUAUGGAUGCACACGCUUGCCCUUUGAAAUUUGGAAGCUAUGCUUAUACAAAGUCAGAAGUGCUGUAUGAAUGGACACGGGAACCAGCUCGGUCAGUUGUAGUUGCAGAAGAUGGAUCUCGGUUGAACCAAUAUGAUCUCAUGGGACAAACAGUGGAUUCUGGAAUUGUGCAAUCCAGUACAGGAGAAUAUGUUGUGAUGACUACCUAUUUCCACUUGAAGAGAAAGAUUGGAUAUUUUGUUAUUCAGACAUAUCUGCCAUGCAUUAUGACUGUGAUUUUAUCACAGGUUUCUUUUUGGCUCAACAGAGAAUCUGUUCCAGCAAGGACAGUGUUUGGAGUGACAACUGUACUAACAAUGACUACCUUGAGCAUCAGUGCGCGAAAUUCUCUUCCCAAGGUGGCCUAUGCUACAGCGAUGGAUUGGUUUAUAGCUGUGUGCUAUGCAUUUGUCUUCUCUGCACUGAUUGAAUUUGCAACAGUAAACUACUUCACAAAGAGAGGCUAUGCGUGGGAUGGCAAAAGCGUUGUUCCAGAAAAGCCAAAGAAAGUAAAGGAUCCCCUCAUUAUGAAAAAUAAUUCAUUUACAGCACCAGCAACAGCCACGAGCUUCACUCCUAAUAUUGCAAGGGACCCUGGACUGGCAACCAUUGCUAAAAGUGCAACAAUAGAGCCAAAAGACGUCAAAGCAGAAACAAAACCUCCGGAACCCAAGAAAACGUUUAACAGUGUCAGCAAAAUCGAUCGACUAUCAAGAAUAGCAUUCCCUUUGCUUUUUGGAAUUUUUAAUUUAGUGUACUGGGCUACUUAUUUAAAUAGGGAGCCUCAACUUAAAGACCAAACCCCUCCUCUCUAAC